AGUAGCAGCAGUAGCACCAUCUAGCUCCUCUUGUGACUCAGGGAAGGAAGUAAGAAAGAGAUUCUGGUUUCUUCUCUCUGCCAAAGCUAGAGAAGAGCAAAGAUCUCUUGAGCUCUAGCUAGCCCGUCUAGCUAGUCUCUCUCCUCUUCCUAUCCUCCUCACUAACUAACACCUUCGUCAGUUCACCGCCAUCAGCAGCAAUGGCAGGAGGUUUCUUUUCCAUGGCUCACCCGGCGAUCACCCUCUCCGGCGUUGCAGGAAACAUCAUAUCCUUCCUGGUGUUCCUCGCACCAGUCACGACGUUCCUGCAGGUGUACCGCAAGAAGUCGACGGGUGGGUUCAGCUCCGUGCCGUACGUGGUGGCGCUCUUCAGCUCGGUGCUCUGGGUCUUCUACGCGCUCGUCAAGACCAACUCCAGGCCUCUGCUCACCAUCAACGCCUUGGGCUUCGGCGUCGAGGCCGCCUACAUCGUCUUCUACCUCGUGUACGCGCCCCGGAGGGCCAGGGUCAGGACCAUCGCCUACUUCCUGCUGCUGGACGUGUCGGCCUUUGCGCUCGUCGUCGUGAGUACCCUCUACCUCGUCGCCCGGCCCUACCGGGUCAAGUUCCUCGGCAGCGUCUGCCUCGCCUUCUCCAUGGCCGUCUUCGCCGCGCCGCUCAGCAUCAUCGUUAAGGUGGUGAAGACGAAGAGCGUGGAGUUCAUGCCCAUCAGCCUGUCCUUCUGCCUCACCCUGAGCGCCGUCGCCUGGUUCUGCUACGGCCUCUUCACCAAGGACCCCUACGUCAUGUACCCGAACGUCGGCGGCUUCUUCUUCAGCUGCAUCCAGAUGGGGCUCUACUUCUGGUACCGGAAGCCCAGGAACGUUAACGCCGUGCUUCCGACCACGACCGACGGCGCCGCCCCGACCUUGAAGGGGCAGGUGAUCGAGCUGCCCGCCCACACCAUCGCCAUCCUGUCCGUGAGCCCCAUCCCCGUCCUCGGCGUGCACAAGAUCGAGGUGGUCGAGCAGGCAGUUGGGGACGACGGCGACAAGGACCAGCAGCAGAAGGCCGCCGCUGCCGCCACCGAGACCUGCAGGAUGGAGACGAAUGCCGAGGGCAACAAGCCGGAGGUCAUCGAGAUCUUCGCCGCUGUGUGAUCAUCAACACGCGCCGGUGGAUACGUCGCGCGAACUCUUGCAAGCAUCUGUCAUCUAUAUGGGUGUGUGUCGUAACUGAUCGUUUAGUUGAGUUCCUCCUCUAGUUAAGUAGUAGUCGUUGGUGCUAAUAAGGCGAGCUAGCUAGCUACGUACUAUGCAUGCGUGUGCUCUAGUACGUUGCAGUCUUAUGGUCCUCCGGUGUGUGUGUAACGCAUGCGGUAUCAGAUGCAGCAUGGGGAGAUAAUAUUG